AUGGACGCUUCGCCACUACCGGGUCAUCCAGAACCCAUAUUUGGCGACGAUAUGUUACCUCUACCGGAGAUGAUGUUUGCGGCGGGUGAAGAACCGGUUGGAGUUAGAGUUCUUACUUACCAGUCCUCCAGAUCCAUUAAUCACAUCCUUGAAUCGCUGGAAGAAGAUGAGAUCCAGACAUUAAGGAUGUCCCCCUUUUGGAAGAUUGUGGAGAUAAGCGAGAAACCAAGUUUCUCUGGAAGAUUUGCUCGAUUCAUGCUUUCACGGCAGCUAAAAGUGGAGAAGAAACACGAGGCUUGGUUCCGUUUUGCUGGGAAACCAAUAAGGUUUUCGAUUCGGGAGUUUGCAAUUGUUACGGGUCUAAACUGCGGGGAAUAUCCAAAAAAUUCCAAAAGGAAUGCGAAGGUGAAGAGAAAGGCAAAACCAUAUUGGCCGGAGUUAUUUGGCAGAAGCGAUGAGCUUCGGGUAACAACAGCUUUGAAAAAUCUCCGGAGAAAAACGAUAACAGAUAAAGAAGUGAGGAUUAAGUUGGCAUGUCUGGCGAUCGUGUCUUCGGUCCUACUAGCUACGAACUUGAAGAUGAAGAUGAUUAAGGAACAUGCAGAUACAAUGGUUGACUUGGAAGAGUUCUUUUCCUUUCCAUGGGGUCGCCUAGCAUUUGAAAUGCUUAUGGGGAGUAUAAAACAACGAAACGAGGUCUCGUUAUCAACCGAUACAAUUGCUGUAAAAGGUUUUGCCUUGGCUCUGCAACUGGUUAUGGUCGAGGCUGUACCAGCUCUUACCGAAGUGGUUCUGGAAAGUUACUCAUCUUCUGACUCAGACAGCUCCGGCGAUGGAGAUGAUUUCUUUCAGAAGAAGAACAGACAGAAAACACUGAGCCCCGGGCAUGCGCGAGACCUAGACAAAACUAAAGAUGUUGUAGUAAGAAGCAUAAUCCCUGAGGAUCCGGAUAGACCCAUAAUCGCUGAAUAUCUACAAUGGGAAGACGAGGUGAUGGACGUGAAAGUCGAUAAUCUGUUAAAGCUUAUAGCUGAAGGGUAUUCUUUCACCGCUGAGAUGUUCAAAGGAGGCGCAACAAAAGCUGACGUCCAAAGAAUGCGUGAGAUACAGGCUGAGGGGGGGAAGCGGAAGAGGAAGAGUAUACCAGUGAAAGAAAAAGAAACGGACGAGGAGAAGCGUAUCGCUUCAAUUGUUUCGUCGAUGCUGCAAAGUGAGUUUGAGAGAGUCGAUGCAAGUGUAGCCAACGCCGUUUCCUUGUCCGAUAAAACAGCAAAGGAAGUGGAAGCCUUAGAGAGAAGGAUAAUGGUAUCCAUUCAAAAUGAGCUUCAAAACUUCAAAGAAGAUGUCAUCCGCUCUGUCAUGGAAGUCCACAACAAAGCAAACGGGAGAACAGUUACGACGGGCCCCAACGUGAAUAGUGCGAACAAUGAAGUUCGAGAAGGUGAUAACGCCGUGCCUCAACGUGACCCUUACGCGGCUGACCGAGGAGUAGAUGCGAGGACAUAUACAGCGGCACAUGCGGCUUCGCCUAUCCCUUUUGUUGUGCAGCCAAACGUCCCACGCUCGCAUGAUCCCCCUUUAUCAGCUACUAGUGAAAACAAUGGAUCUACCAAAAUAGCGUCAGGAGGCGUUCAGAUUGGGAACACAGUUCAUCAACCGAUAAGCAGAGAUAUGUCUGGAGGGUCAAAUCACGAUAUGCCCACUCGGUCGUAUAAUAGUCACGCUAUUAACCCUCCCCCACCUGUGGUGGCCUCUUCAUCUUGUGGUUUGAGAGAAGCGCAGAACCCCCUCCCCUCUGCGACUGGAUUCGUACAAAGUAUGGACACCCGGCCGGAGCAUGGAGACCAAGAUUCAAAUGAGGAGGCACUUCUACCUCCGUCAUCGCCCAAAACCAAGCGCCAUAAGACUCUCCCUUCGGAUGCCGUGAUAGAAACCAACCCUCGGAGAGAGAAUCUUACCGUUAAUCAACCUGCUGCUAAUCCUUUCAAUGCGUACUCCGACAUUGACGUAGUAAUGUCUAAAUAUACGAAGCUCUGUCAAAAAUUAAGCCAGUCAUUUGUUAUAAACGUCGCCGGUCUGGCUGUGACGUCGACGUACUUAACAGCAAUUGCAGAACUUAAGCGGUCGCUGCCAGCUAGGGUUAUUGACAUCUUGGUGAGGUUUGUUCGUACGACAUACAAGAGGGGAGUAAAUUCCAGAUCAGAGAGAAACCCACUCUUCCUGGACACUAGAUAUGUUGCGUUGAUGUGCAAACAUUAUGAGAAGUUCGAGAGGUCUAAAACACCAGAUUCCUACAAUUUCCCGAAAGAUCUACUUCAGUUUCUUUGUAGUGACGACACAACGACGCCACCAUUCACGCAUUACUAUUUCCCCUUUGAUCUUGGGAACAAACAAUGGAUCGGUGUCUGUUUUGACUGCGCGGCUUGGAAGAUUACAGUUCUAGAUUGUAAUGUAACGGUCGUCUCUGAUUCUGAGAUGGCGAUUAAGCUACAACCGUUUACUCAGAUGAUCCCGGCACUUCUGAAACGGAACGGACGGGAACCGACGAUUGCUUGUGAAUUUGGGGCGGUGUUCGAAAGGCCGACAGGGAUACAUCAAAACAGAAUCCACGCACACUCCGGGGUAACAGCAAUCUUGAUGAUGCAGUCACAUGCGAUGUUUGGGAUUGACGGCUGCAGGUCUAUCACGCCUACUCAUGUUAAAGCCGAAGCAAAACGUAUUGUGGUGAUGUUGUAUGAAUUACACCAGAAGCUUUAG